AUGAGGCAACUCGUCUUGACAGUAUGCCUCGCCCUGUCGGCGACGAGGUUGUCCCAGGCAACUGACUUGGUCGUCAACAGCCAGCCCUGGCCGGCGGUCCCGCUCUCACCCGGGCAGAACAAGAUCAUCCCCGUGCUGGUCGGCGGCACAGCCCUGACCUUCACGCCCAACAGCGUCGCCGCCAGCCCGGGGGAUGUCAUCCAGUUCCAGUUCGCGGCGCGGAACCACACCGUCACGCAGUCGCUGCCGACGUCGCCCUGCCGGCCCGUAGACGCGGCCGUGGGUGUCGCCCCGGGCGUCAACAGCGGCUUCAUCCCCUUUGACGGCGGGGCGAGCGGCAUGGUCGGCACCUUUAACGUCCCCGUCAUGUCGGCCUCGCCCAUGUUCCUGUAUUGCGCGCAGGCGAUGCACUGUCAGCAGGGCAUGGUCAUGACUGUUAAUGCGCAAUCGAUAGACCUGAUCAACUAUUUCAACGCCGCCGCCGCAGCCCCGGCCAACAUUCCAGCGCGCUCCGUCGCAGGCGGCAUUGCGUCGACGAUCCCGCUUGUCAACGCGGUCCUCCCUAAACCGCCUGCGCCGGCGAACAGCACGGCAAAAGCAACAGCGACAGCAACAGUAUUCACGACGGUAGUCGUACCGGCUAGCCCGCCGCCGCCGCCACCUCCACCACCUCCGCCUCCUCCUCCGCCUCCGCCGCCUCCUGCGCCCUCUCCCCCGCCGCCAGCACAACCCCCUCUUGGUGGUGACGGGGCUGAUCCAUCGCAAACGACCAUGUUCGUCCUUCCAGCCUAA